GGAAUAUCCGAAUUUCCGCGGGUACGAUACAAAGAGGAUAACAAACAACAAUUAGUAUUGUGAGUUUGGAAACAAAUGGCGAUGGCUUCUAUGGCAUUCUGUGUCAACACUGUGACCUUUCCGAACCGUGGCCGAUUCAAAAGUGGAAUGACAUUUGCGAGUUUGGGAAACAAAGAAACAACUAGUUUGGGUGUGCGAAUUACAGAAGGCGAAGGGAAUUUACCUAAACUCGUUCUCACUUCUCCGGCUGGUAGUGAAGCUGAAAUAUACCUCUUUGGUGGUUGCAUUACCUCUUGGAAAGUUCCAAAUGGCAACGACCUUCUAUUUGUUCGCCCUGACGCUGUUUUCAAUAAGAAGAAACCGAUAAGUGGAGGAAUCCCACAUUGCUUUCCACAGUUUGGUCCUGGUUCAAUUCAGCAGCAUGGGUUUGCAAGGAAUGUGGAUUGGACGGUUGGUGAUUCUGAGAAUGUGGAGGGAAAUCCUGUAGUAACUCUGGAACUCAAGGAUGAUCCUUAUAGCCGUGCUAUGUGGGAUUUCGGCUUCCAUGCUUUAUACAAGAUCACACUAAAUGCUAAAAGUCUUUCGACUGAGUUAAAAGUUAAAAAUACAGACAAUAAGACAUUCUCAUUCAAUACUGCCUUGCACACAUAUUUUCGGGCUUCUGUAAGUGGUGCAUCAGUUAAAGGGUUAAAAGGUUGCAAAACUCUGAACAAAGAUCCAGAUCCUAAAAAUCCAGUGGAGGGUAGCGAAGAAAGGGAUGUGGUCACUUUCCCAGGAUUUGUGGAUUGUGUUUAUCUUGACGCUUCAAAUGAGUUGCAACUUGAUAAUGGCUUGGGCGAUCUAAUAUCUAUCAAGAACACAAACUGGUCAGAUGCGGUGUUGUGGAACCCUCAUCUUCAAAUGGAAGCAUGUUACAAAGAUUUUGUUUGUGUUGAAAAUGCUAAGAUUGGAAGUGUCCAGCUAGAACCAGAACAAACUUGGACAGCUGUGCAGCAUCUUUCCAUUGCUUGAACAGUUACGGUGGUUCUACAUUAUCAAUUAUUUUUUGUCUUCUUUGAUUUGCCAACAAUAUGUAUCUUUUGUAUAAUAAUUUACUAAGCCACUAAUAGUUGGCUGGUGGUGAGGGAUUUGAUAAUUUGCAAGAGGUGUUAACUCAUAAAAGUCAAUCCUCAUUACAUAUGUAACAUUGUUGUAACAAACAAAAUAAAGUUAUUAUAAUUUUCUAUUUUUUCAUUUUAA